AUGUCUUCUUUCAAUAAUUCUGAGGUCCAGGUUUUUCUUCUGAUUGGAAUGCCAGGACUGGAACAUGACCACAUCUGGCUCUCCAUUCCAAUUUGCCUCAUGUACCUGGUUGCCAUCACAGGCAACAGCACCAUUCUCUUUAUCAUUAAGACAGAGCCCUCACUUCAUGAGCCCAUGUAUUAUUUCCUUGCCCAGUUGGUCAUCUCUGACCUGGGCCUGUCCAUCUCCUCCCUUCCUACCAUGCUGAGAAUCAUCUUGUUAAAUUCCAUGGGAAUUUCACCCAAUACCUGCUUUGCUCAAGAAUUCUUCAUCCAUGGAUUCACUGUCAUGGACUCCUCAGAGCUGCUAGUUAUGUCUUUGGAUCGCUUUCUUGCCAUUCAUAAUCCCCUGAGAUACAGUUCUUUCCUCACUAGCAGCAGAGUUGCUAAAAUGGGAUUGAUUUUAGCCAUCAGGAGCAUUCUCUUAGUGCUUCCAUUUGCUUUCACUCUAAGGAGAUUAAAAUACUGUCAGAAGAAUCUCCUUUCUUACUCAUACUGUCUACAUCAGGAUACCAUGAAGCUGGCUUGCUCUGACAACAAGACCAAUGUAAUCUAUUGCUUCUUUGUUGCUCUCUGUACUAUGCUGGACUUGGCAUUAAUUUUUCUGUCAUAUAUGCUGAUCUUGAAGACAGUACUCAGCAUUGCAUCUCUGGCAGAGAGGCUCAGGGCCCUCAAGACCUGGGUCUCAAUCUGUGCUAUGCUCAUUUUCUAUGUACCCAUCAUCACCCUGGCUGCCAUGCACCACUUUGCCAAGCACAAAAGCCCUCUAGUUGUAAUCCCUGUUGCAGAUAUAUUCUUGUUGUUGCUACCCCUAAUGAGCCCCAUUGUGUAUUGUGUAAAAACUCAACAAAUCUGGGAAAAGGUCUUGGGAAAGUUGUUUAACAUAUGUAAGAGAUAA